GUUAGGAACUGAAAGCAACGGUUGAGGUGAAGAGGGAGGAGCGCUGAGCAGACAGCAAGGUUACACAUGAGAAGUCUGAGAAGGAAUGAAACAAAGCAGAGAGAGGCAGAGAAGGGGAGAGAACAGGUAGAGUUGGUUAGGUUUCAAUCUUACCUCUCUCAGAUAAUUACUACUUUCUCACCGUGGUGAAAGAAAGCAAACAGAAACUGAGAAAAAACAGCAAACAGAGAGGGCAGGAGAAGGCGGGAGAGUAGAAAAAGCAGAAGUGACGAGAAAAGGAAGGAGAGACAGCAGUUAAAAAAGUCUGGUCGGGGAGAUUAAUUGAGAAAGAGAAACAAAAAUAAGACAGAGACGAGCCUGAGAGGAGUCAGCCAAGACGAGGAAAGUAAGAAAACACGCUGAUAUUCAUUGACAGAGAGGUCUGGACUUAACUCCAUGGAUUACUGACAUCAGCAAAACAAAAGAAGAAGAGCGUCAGAAAAGAGGUCACUGCGGUCCAGCAGCAGAGUAGCCUGAGCCUGUCUACUAUGCAACCAAGACAGCUGAGAUAGACAGACUCAAGCACAGCCACAGUUCUCAGAGACAAUCCUGUCUGUUACAGCACCAUGUUGAUGAAAGAGUACCGCAUAUGUAUGCCACUGACUGUGGAUGAGUACAGGAUUGGGCAGCUUUACAUGAUCAGUAAGCACAGCUGUGAGCAGAGUGGUGGGGGUGAAGGGGUGGAGGUGGUGAGGAAUGAGGCAGAUACCCACCCCCAGUAUGGCCUAGGACAGUUUACUGAGAAACGAAUCUACCUCAGCAGUAAACUGCCAGCCUGGGUGAAAACUUUCGUCCCACGAUUCUUCUAUGUGACAGAAAAGGCGUGGAACUUCUACCCGUACACCAUCACAGAGUACUCAGUAUCGUUCCUCCCCAAGUUCAGCAUCCGUAUUGAGACAAGAUUCGAGAACAACAACGGCAGUAACAGCAAUGUGUUUGGGGACACACCGACCCCAGCAGAGCAUGUGAGUUUCCUGGAUAUCCUGAGUGACCCCAUCCCUGAGAAGCACUACAAAGAGACAGAGGAUCUGAGCCACUGGCAGUCAAGUAAAACUGGUCGAGGGCCUCUGGAGAAAGGCUGGAGAGACGACCAUAAGCCCAUUAUGUGCUCCUACAAGAGGGUGCAGUGCAGCUUCGAGGUAUACGGCUUCCAGACCAGGACCGAGGACUUCAUACACAGAAACAUCAGGGACAUUCUUCUGGUCGGCCAUAGGCAAGCAGUUGCGUGGAUAGAUGAAUGGCACGGGCUGACUUUGGAGGAGGUGAGAGAGUACGAGCAGACGAUGCAAGAGAAGACCAACAGCAAAGUCAAAUCCAGCCAGAACAACACAGGCCCACCGGCUGCUUCUCGUCCUGCGUUCUCUCGCUCCAUCUCAGUGACAGACGAGCGUUCCCUGAAGAAGAUGGGAGUGACGACUGCAGCCAUGUCUGACCCCUCUGCCUCCUCUGUGCCACACAGUCCCAUUCGCCUCAACUCCACCCCUGAAUGAUGCCUCAAGCGCAGACGCACACAGAUACACACAAACACAUGUAUACUGUAUAUACACACACACACACACACACACACACAGAAACCAAUGUCAAACAGUAACAAAUAGCAUCAUAAUAAGUUGAAUAUUUCAACAGUUGGGGGUGGGGGGAGCCUAUUCACUUAAUGGGUGGGAGUCAGAUGAGAAGAUCAAUACGUUCACAUUUGUUUAAUAUAAAUCUACAACCAGCAGCUCAUUAGCAUAGCAUAGAGACUGAGGACCAGGAGAAAACCCUGGCUCCUGGUUCUUCUAAGCAUUAAGAAUAAGAAGGCUUAUUAACCCAUUACAUCUUCUUUAUAUAAUACAUAGAAAACACAGAGUAUAAAACGACAGCUCACAGCUUUAUGUAAAAUUGUUGUUUUUACACUUUGGUAUUUGUAUGGAUUAAACAAGUGAGAUACAAGGUGUUAAUUAAUUAUCUUUCGAAGUGCUGGUAGGUGGAUUUGGAAUCAUUAUACAAAGUCAGGCUAAUCUGUGUCCUCCUGCUUCCAGUUCUAGUGCUAAGCUACCUGGCUGCUGGCUUCAUUUUUACCAGACAUAUGAGAGUGACAUCGAUCUUCUCAUCUAACUCUCUGGCAAAGAGUGAAUACCCUAAGCACAGAUCACAAAAUGUCUUUUGACACGACCACGGAAAUAUUUAUUUGUUCUAAUGCACAUGUGGGCGCCCUCUUCGCUGCAUGUUAAAACCAGACAAACCCACAAGAACACAAACACUCGGUGCCUACUCAAGAACAAUUUCUGCUGCUGAAAAUUCUUCCAGUAUGCAAACAGAGUGCAUUUCAACACUUUCACUCGGUUCCACAGCCAUAGCAGAGCUCGCUGACCACCAGCAGGGCUCUCGUUUCUCGCCUACAGACAGAUGCAUAAGGAGUUUAAUAGAGUGGAUCUAAUGAGAGAGCAGAGAAGAACUGGGGAGGCUGUCAAUGUUAUGGAUCCGCUCCUCUCCCCACCUCAGCCAAUAGGUCAGCCCAGGUGUAUUGACAGAGACCAGCGAGGCAUUGUAUUGGUUCCUUGAUCGCUUAGGUGAGAGCUGCAAAUGGGUCAAGCCCAGGAUGAACUCCAAUUAUGAGUCAAUAAUGUGGGCAUUUAUAAGACUAUUUAACUUAAUUUUUUUUUAUGAAUAUUUAGAGAGAAAAGGGCUCUCAACAUCAAAGGGAUUAAUGGUGAAAUGAUACAGUUUGCUGGUGCCUUAUUUGUAAAAACAGUCAGCUUGAAUGAAGUAUGAAAAUUAAUUAAGUGGAAAACAAAUAUUGAAAUUUCACUGUGUAAUCGUUUGUAAUAGAUUUUUAUCAAUAAAUACAAUUUCUUUCCACUGAAAAGAUU